CCCGUCGGAGUUGCAGGAAGGGGUGGAUUGUGUGUAUGUGUCACCGCGCGGCGGCCUCUGUAGUUCAGAGAUGGCGGAAUAUACCUGCGUGAAAUCCACCAAGCUAGUUCUCAAGGGGGCGAAGGAGAAAAGUAAGAAAAAACACAGAGAUAAGAAAAGAAAAAGAGAAGAAAAUGCAGAAGAUCAGCUUGAUAUUGUUGGAAGCUGGUGGGCAGUAAAAAAUUUUGGUGAAAUCACAGGAACUGUGGCAAUAGAACUGGACAAGGGAGCUUAUAUCCACGCUCUUGACAAUGGCCUUUUUACACUUGGAGCACCACAUAAAGAGGACGAUGGCCCUAGUCCUCCUGAACAGUUUACAGCAGUAAAGUUGUCUGACACCAGAAUUGCACUGAAGUCUGGCUAUGGCAAAUACCUUGGCAUAAAUUCAGAUGGUCUUGUUAUUGGACGAUCAGAUGCAAUAGGAUCAAGAGAGCAAUGGGAACCUGUCUUCCAAGAUGGGAAAAUGGCUUUAUUAGCAGCAAAUAGCUGCUUUAUCACCUGUAAUGAAGAGGGAGAUAUAGAAGCCAAAAGUAAAACUGCAGGAGAAGAAGAAAUGAUAAAGAUCCGUACUUGUGCUGAAAGAGAAGCUAAGCAGAAAGAUGACAUUCCAGAAGAAGACAAAGGAAAUGUUAAACAAUGUGAAAUCAAUUAUGUAAAGAAGUUCCAAAGUUUCCAAGAUCGUAAACUCAAAAUAAGCCAAGAAGACAGUAAAGCUCUCAAAAAAGCUAGAAAAGAAGGCACUUUCCAUGAGACGCUGCUGGACAGGCGAGCAAAAUUGAAAGCCGAUAGAUACUGCAAGUGACAAAAACAAUUGGCUUGUUUGCUUGCUUUUAUAUCCUUUGGUUGUCCACCUGAACAUACUAUCUGAAUAAGACAUUUUGCAAAAGUGACUUUAUUUAUGGAAAGACUUUUUUGUUCCUACUUCUCAUUAGAAUUACUUUACACAGUAUUGAAAUUUGGUAUGCAGAAUUUGAUCCAAAACUAAAUAGCUUUAGCAAAUUGAAUUGUCGAAGAUUCAGAGAAGCAACUCAGUAAUCUGAAGGUCAUGAUUAACAAUAAAGAAGAGAAGAGCUGAAUACAAAACCAAACUACAAAGUUGCCCUGACAAAUUGUAUUUUCAUUGAAUAAAUAAAUAUUUUAUCAAGCUAAUGUCUCUCUGAACAUAUGGGACUGAAGUCUCAGCUUGACUUCAGUUGAGCUAUGCUGCCUGAUACCAACUGAGGAUCUAGAAUGGUUUUCAACAUUUAUAGAGAACAAUGGGUCAUUAAGUGAAUACUUACAUAAACUAUGUAUUUGAAAAACAGUAUGGAGAAAUGUAGAAAUUGAGGUUCUUCAUGAGAAAAAGAGACCCCUUAAUUACUCAUAUGUUGCUGAUGUUUUUAUGUUCUUUCAGAUUUUUCUAACUUAAAGCUGUUAGAUGGACUUGUUUCUAUCUUUUAAAGUAAAAAUGUUAAAGAAUGUUGAAAAUGCAGAUACUGUGCAUUCCUAAUAACUAUUACGUAGAAUACUGGUUGCUAUUUAUGCUUGUUACCAAAAUUUUAUUUUAAUAAAAUCCCUUUAUGGGAA